GGGGCGGGGCCUGAGAGCUGUGCGCCCUCAGCCCGGGGAUCGCGCAGUUUGGGGAACUCUGCUGGCUGGAGUCAGCUUUAAAAUCUCCGAGAACUCUUUCGGAUCGGAUUUUUCCUGGUGCGUCGUAAAACAAGACUAUCACUCGUCAGCCGUGCUAUCGAGGGGGACUGACCACCCUGUGUGUGGAACAUGCUGCUUAUCGGUCAGACUCUCCGAAUCACCCUGAAUGGCACCAGCAGCCGAAUCCACACAUUGAGCUGCCUUGCAAAGCAUUCGUUCCGGUGCGUCAGGUAUUGCUUCUGGCAGAAAACCAGGCGUGGAUUUCGUGGGCCUCUGUACGCCAACCUCCCUGCCAGCACUCCAGAGUCCACUCGUGCCUUCAGCGCCAGCACGCAGGUGGUGGAAGGACUCUUUGCGCGGAGCUCGCUACAGGAUUACCUGAGGAAGCUGGAGCAGGAGUACGUGGAGUCUGUGCAGAGGCUUAGUUCCACCCAGGCUUCCCCGGAGGAGGAGGAGGAGGAGGAGGAAAGGGCAAAAGUGUUGAGGAGGAGAGUGACUGAACUGGCACCGGUGGUAACGGAACUGCAGCAGCUAAGGCUCAAAAUGCAGGAGCUACAGGACAUUGCGAGCUUGCUGAAAGAUGAGGAUAUCGAUUUGAAGAAACUUGCUGAAAGUGAAGAGAGUUCUUGCCUGGAAACCAUCAGAGCCCUAAAGUCUAAGAUAAUUUCACUCGUGGUUCCCCCUGAAGAUGCAGAUGAUAAUGACUUGAUUCUGGAGGUGACAGCAGGUGUUGGGGGACAGGAGUCCAUGCUGUUCACUGCGGAGAUGUUCGAAAUGUACAGAGGCUAUGCGGCCUUCAAGAACUGGCACUUUGAAGUUUUGGAAUACUGCCACAGCGAUCUAGGGGGUCUGCGACAUGCUACAGCCAGUGUGAGUGGCCGGGAGUCCUACAAGCAAAUGAAGUACGAGGGGGGAGUGCAUAGAGUCCAACGAGUUCCCAAAACUGAGAAACAAGGCAGGACUCAUACCAGCACUAUGACUGUGGCCAUAUUACCACAGCCUACUGAGAUUGACAUGACCAUCAACCCCAAAGACCUACGGAUAGAGACGAAACGAGCGAGUGGAGCUGGGGGUCAGCACGUCAACACGACAGACAGCGCAGUUCGCAUUCUGCACAUACCAACAGGUGUGGUCGCUGAGUGCCAACAGGAAAGGUCACAGCUGAAGAACCGAGAGAAGACAAUGCAAAUGCUGCGAGCUAAAUUAUACAGCAUGAAGCUGGAGGAACAGACUAACAAGCGACAUUAUGCUCGAAAGAUUCAGGUUGGGACCAAGGGAAGGUCAGAAAAAAUCCGAACGUACAAUUUUCCACAGGAUAGGGUUACGGAUCAUAGGAUUGGAAAAUCACUUUAUGACUUGAGGAGUUUCAUGAUGGGGGAGGAGCUCCUGGACGACAUGGUUGAGGAGCUGAAGGGCCUGGCAGACACUGACUCUCUCCUUGAGUUACUGGAACAGAGUACAUCGAGCCAGCAGAAUGAGCACAGGCAUCAGUGAGGACUCAACAAGAGAACUUUCUAGACUUCAGUCACGUCUGGACUCGACCCUCCCAACACUCUGCCCUAGUCGGCUUCCCAUAUUUCACUCUGGAACUCUCCAUCUAACAGCAAUGUCUGAGUGUUUUCACCACACGACUGGGACCGUUUAAGGAUUCAGCUCACAGUGACCUUCUCAAGGGCAACAAGGGAAUGCAUAAUAAGUGUUGACCUUGUCAUCAACCCAAGGAUGAAUAAAUAAAUGUUAAACAAAUGAGAAUGUA